AAAACUUAAGUACCAUGACUAAGUACUUUAAUUUCUUUUCAUUGAAGUCUUAUAGGAUCAGUUACUACGGCAUCCUUUGUGUUAAAGGGGAGGGUCUUGGUCCGUGAGCAAACUCUGGUCUAGUUGUACCAGCUAGGGACUCCCUCCCUACGACCUUUGACCUCGAGUAAUCUGCAUAGAGGAAUGACAGGCAUUCAGUGGAACAGGAACCAGCGGAGCUGGGUUGCAAUCGGAGGUGGACUUUCAGACAAGCGGGAGAGGCCGGCGGGAGGUGCCUGGGGAACUCAGACCAGAAAGACGCUUACGGGAAAGGUGAAAUGAAUCAUUGGAAGCCCUUGGGGGAAAGAAUCCAUGACCAAAGAACCAAAAGAGCUGCAUGAUUACUGGCCCCCGGCCCGCUAAAGUGCAGAAAUGGGCCAGACCUCAGUCUCCACGCUGUCUGAGCAACGUUCUAGUGUUGAUGGACUGGAUAAGGCUUCCAUUGCAAACUCAGAUGGACCCACAACAGGUUCCCAGACACCGCCUUUCAAAAGAAAGGGCAAACUCUCUUCUAUAGGCAAGAUUUUUAAACCUUGGAAAUGGAGAAAAAAGAAGACCAGUGACAAAUUUAGAGAGACUUCAGCAGUGUUAGAAAGGAAGAUAUCCACAAGACAAAGUAGAGAGGAGCUGAUAAGAAGGGGAGUACUUAAGGAAUUGCCUGAUCAAGAUGGAGAUGUAACUGUAAACUUUGAAAAUUCAAACGGGCACAUGAUACCCAUCGGAGAGGAGGCCACACAAGAGGAAAAUGUAGUAAAAUCUGAAGAAGGUAAUGGCUCUUUGUCUGAAAAAGCAACAACUGUGGAAGAAAAAGCAGAAGAUAAGAAAGAAAAUCACUCUGAAACAUCGGCACACCCAGUUCCAGCUCCUCCUAAGCCCAAGCCUAAACCUAAACCCAAAAAAACAGCUGCACCUCCAAAAGGGGCUGCUGCUGUACAGGCAAGCCACAAGGGUGAUGAAGCACCACCCAGUAAAAAAACCACCAAGGCUCCUGGUAAGCAGCCCCCCAUCCCUCCACCCAAGCCGACAAGCCGAGGGGUGACCCGAGAGGUCGCUAGUUCCUCUCACUUGAAAAAAACAACUGUGUCGAAGUCAUCAUCUUCCCCAUCAACUUCUACCACCUCAUCUCGUUCCAAAGCUUCCAAGGAGCCAGCUUCUAGCAAAACAGCCACAGCAGGGACUUCACGGGGCAAGAAAAAAACAGGCAAACAGUCAACCUCCCGUCCACCUCCAGAGAAAGCUGUUUCUAGCAAAUCUAAUCUCAAGUCAGAGCCUUCAGAAAUCAGAGUAGAAAAUCUGAAGACAGAUUCUCCUCCCAUUUCAGAAGAGCAGAAUACAGACCUACAGAAUAAAUCAGUAGUUCCUCCUCCACCUGUAGCACCACCUCCUCCUCCACCAGCCCCUUCUCUUCCUCUUGAAAAUCAAUGCAUUAAUGUGUCUGAUGUUCCGGCUGUCACGGUUAGCAAUGGGGCUAGCCUAUCUGUCUCUGCCUCAAACUCUAGUCAUCUUAAGACAGAAGAGUUGACAGACAGAACCACUCUUCCUUCAGAUACCAGCUUGGGUGUUAACAGAGAAAACAAAAAAUGUUUGACAGCCAAAGAAGAGCUGAUGAAGGAAGCACCACGGCUAAUGAUUCCUGUUUUGAUGGGAGAGUCUUCUGAAUCUCUCAGCAGCACAGAGGUUGAAGUUCGAAGAGAGAACCAAGCUAAUGAUUCUGAUUCAGAUGGGCCUAUUUUAUAUACGGACGAUGAUGAUGACGAUGAUGAUGAUGACGAUGACAGUGGUGAAAGUGCUUUGGCAAGUAAAAUACGUCGCAGGGAUACUCUUGCCAUCAAACUUGGCAACAGACCAUCUAAGAAAGAAUUGGAAGACAAGAAUAUCUUGCAGCGAACCUCUGAAGAGGAGAGGCAGGAAAUUCGACAACAGAUUGGAACAAAGCUCGUCAGGCGAUUAAGCCAGAGGCCAACGAGUGAAGAACUAGAGCAAAGAAAUAUCCUAAAACAAAAAAAUGAAGAAGAAGAACAAGAAGCAAAAAUGGAACUGAAACGCAGACUCAGCAGAAAGCUCAGUUUGAGACCAACAGUGGCAGAACUACAAGCAAGAAGGAUUCUUCGGUUUAAUGAGUACGUUGAGGUCACUGAUUCUCCUGAUUAUGACCGCCGAGCAGACAAACCUUGGGCCAGACUAACACCUGCAGAUAAGGCAGCAAUAAGGAAAGAGUUAAAUGAAUUUAAAAGUACAGAAAUGGAAGUCCAUGAAGAGAGUCGACAGUUUACAAGGUUUCACCGCCCUUAAUGAAAUGCAAGACUAUUGUGAAUCAAUCAUUUGCUGAUAAUCUUUGGGGAAAGCACUGUUUCCUGAAGACUUGAGAUUGCACUGGAAUUUGAAUGUGUGUGUGUGUUGCAACUUCACCUGUGAUAAAGAAAGUGGCCCUUGGUUUUAUUGGAGAAAAACUCUUCCCCUUUUACUGGAGAGCUCUGAUAGAGGGCAAAGGAAAAAAGAGAACACAGUGAUCCUUUUUGUCCAGCAAGUGUUGAUGGUAAGAGAUACUCUGCUUCAGCCAUGAUCAACUCACAUGGCUAUACAGACUUUUAUUCAUUAGAAUUUUUACCAAGGAAGAUGAGCAGAAGACAAUCAUGGGCUUCCCUUUUUAAGGAAUACAGAGUUUUAUGGUAAUCAAGAAAAAUGUGGAGUGGGAUUAUGAAACACUGGGAAUCAAGGUGGAAAAGAAAAGGAAAAAAAUACGUAUUUCAACUUAGUAACAGAAAUCAGACAAACUAAAAAUAAAAUGUAUUUUUUGCCAUAGAAAUUUGUUAGGUAAGAAUGCUUACCCAGAAAGAAUUUACAAAUAUGACUACCUAAUGACUCAGAUCUGUACCCGGAAGACUGUUCAGAUUUCAUCAAUACUUUAGUAAUAUACCAGUAGUUUUAAUUUAUUUGGUGCCGUGAACCCAGUUGCCAGGAACAAGUCUAAGUGUUUUCAUACAUAUUUUUCAUAAAUUCAAGAGGCUUGCACAGACUCUAACAAGCAUGCUUAAAGAAAUGAUGUUGCAUGCUUAAGUAGCAAAACUAAACAUGCUUUACAUAUUUUUAUACUCUUACUCAAUGUACCUUCCAUGGUUCUAGAAUUACAAGAGUGCGAAUAAAGCAAGAAAUAAUGUGAUUCUAUAGGACUGCAGCAAGUUUAGAAACAAAGCAUCUGACCUUUCUCUCAAGCUACUAAACUCAUAAGUGAAAGUACCCUAAGUAUGAAGAAAAACAAUUGACAAUCAUGAUAUCAUUUUAAUUUUUAACCCAAAGUCAAAACUCAUUUGAAUUACAGAUGUCCUGCCUGUAAUUAGUUUCAAGCAGAAAUUAUCAGGACUAUGUUUUUUAUUUAUUUAUUUUUAUUAGUUUAAAUGCUGCGUUAUUUGGGAUCUUUGAAAUGCUGCUACAAAGAAAAAUGUGUGGAUUACUAAGUACUCAGCAAGAGACUUUAAAACCUUACAUAAAACCUGUUACAAUAUGUAUAAAAUUACCUAGUCUCAUUUAAUAAUUUGUAAACUGUAUCUCUGAGUAUAGUAUCGAAGUAUAGUGUUGAAAAUGAUCAGUAAGACUGGAAAUUGGGGAGGAAGGGAAUCCGAUUUUCUUAUGUUGGUCAAAGGAUAAGGUCAGUAUUAUUUACACUAAGGUCUCCUCUAUUGUCUUACUUGCCAAUACUUUGUAUUAAAUAUGUAUAUUAUAUGACUUAUCUGCUCCCAAACACCUGUAAUCAUAAAGAGAGGUUUUAAUUCCUUUGUUUAAAAUCAUCUUUAAAUGUAUGUAAAUACUGUAGUAUGUUUAAUAGUAAUUUGUAUUUCCCUUUUAUUUUUUUUCCCUAAUACAUAAAGUAUAUUGACAUUAGGCAAGGUCCAGGUGGGAUUUUAUCUCUUCCCUCAGAUCUUGACCAGGAAUUUCCUGAAAGUCCUUAGUUCAUAAUUUUGAAGAUUAUAAUUUUACAUUUCAGAAGCAAGCAUGAAAUCUGGUAGCUAAAUUAAGUAAGAUCCUACCAUUUAUUGAUAUUUUCAAGAACAGCUAACUGGAGAGUUUCGGGAUGAUUUUUAUAAAAUAUAUUUAAACAUCAGCUAGCUCUUUUUAUUUAAAGUAGGCUACACAGACAUUUACUCAUGCUCUAAAUUGAUAUGGCUAUCUCAGUUGACUGAAGAGUUCUUCUGUCAGAGUCCCAUAAAACAUUCAGAACUUCUUAGUUUUAUAGCAGGAACAACAAAUACUAUUUUAUAGCCAAUAAAAGUAAGUAUCCCUGUUUCAUCCCUUGAUGUAAGGAAUUAAUAACAAAAUCAAUCCAGAUUCUGAAGAAUUAUCAUUUUAUAAGUGUUGAAAGAUAUGUUUCAUUGAGGAAAUGAUGAAAACAUGAUCCUUCUGCAUGUGCAAGUGCUUUUGACUUAGUUGUGUCAAUUUCUAUAGCAAUUUCUAAAAAGCCAUAGAAAUUAAUUCUGGACUAAAAUGUGGCAACAACAUAACAUGUUAUUUUUUCAGCUUUAAAAAAAUACCAAAGAAUAUAUUAACAUUUUUAUAUUUAAACUUUGCAACCUUUAAAAAAUAACUAUGAUUACCAAUGAUCAAGCCCCAUUGUAAAUAAUGAAAGACAGAUGUUUAUACCAACUUUUCACGUAGGAAUCAUGUCACAGAAUGUUAAUUGUUUGGCUGAUUUAAAAAAAAAAAAAAAAAAACCCUCUUCCUUGUCAGUAAAUAUGGUAUGUUAUUUCAGUUUUUUCUGUUCUACAAUGAAAUGCCCACAGAUUAGGAGAAAAAUUAGUCAUCUGAGUAAAUUAUAUAUUAUAUAUCACUAUGUGCAUUGACUUAUAAAAUACAUAUAGUAUUUAAUUCUAAUGACUAGAAUGGAAGAAAGAUUGAAGGAUGAAAAAUUCACCAAUUUAGGUCCUAAUCUGAUAUUUAUGUGACUAGAAUUUCUGAUCAUUUUUACUAGCACUAUAGGUUAAAAGUCAAAAGAGGAAACAGUUAUAAGAGCCUGAGUCUUCAUCUAAAACCCCUAGAAAAUAACUUUUCUAUUUCAAAUUAUUGUAUGACUUAUAGAUUUCUACAGAUUUCUUGGCAAGUCUACAUAAUUAUUGAAUGGAUCAGAGGGCCAGGAGUGGGAAGACCAAAGAGUAUUGAACAUUUCCUUUAAAAUAUAUAAAAGCUGAACAAGGUAUACAAUUACCCUGUUUAAGAUAGUGCUCAGCCAGACCAAAAUUUCUAACAGAGUUGAUCAGCAAUUAAUAAAACAAACAAAAUAAAUUAUAUCAAAUGGACCCAGUUUUAACCAAUUAAAAUUCUGAGAUUUUAUCAAUAAUUUAAAACAGCCAUUCUAGAAUUAUUAGCUGUAAAUGUUUCGUUCAACUACAUGACAGCAUACCUAAUCUGACUCUUUCUGAAAAGUUGGUAUGUCAGAUCAUUUCAUGUGUGAUAAUUUUUAAUCAGAAAUCUAAAAUAUCAUCAGGAAUAUUUCUGUUGCUUUUUUUGUUAUUGUUGUUGUUUCUUAUAUUUGUAUCUGAAGUAAAUCUGGUCCUAAUUUACUAAAUUUUAUGAAAUGGCUUGAGGUAUAAUUUGGAUUUAUUAAAUGUUUGCGUAUGUGAAAUUACAAAUGAUAUUUAUAAGAAAUAUAAUAUAAAAUCCCCCAUUAAGAAGGAGAAAUAUUUUAGCAACUCAGAGAUUUCAAGUGAAAAAAAUUGUCAAGCAUCUAACUGUUUAAUUAUCAGGAUUAAAUUUCUACUUUUGUUGUCCUUUCUUUUUUUGAAUGAACAAACAAAAGCAUUUAUUGAAUACAUGCUAUGUGCCAAGUACUGUGCUAAGUAUGUUAAUAAUAUCCACUGUAAUAAGAAAAACACAUACUCUCAGCAUUAGUUUCAAUUUGACUACAAAUGAGUAGAUAGUAAGAACACCUCAGAAGUACUGAAUAUACAAUAAAAUUCACUAAAUAUUGUAAAUAAAAAGUAAACUCCCUAAAGAAUUAAGGCUCAUAAACUUCCAGUUAAUUCAGAACUGCAUCAGCACUUUUUGUAAUAGUGGCUUAUAAUGAAAAUGUAAGCAUUAACACUGCAUUUUCUAAUGUAUUGCCACAAUAUUAUAUAAAGUGUUAAUAGUCAUUUUACUUGUCUUUUAUGGAAUUAGAUUUAUGUAGCUGCCAGAAAUUAGCAUUAUCCUACUGUGUGCAGGAUUAAAAAAGAAAACAUUAUUUCCCAGCUAUAGAGGUAUGUCCAUAUUUAUUAAAAUGGUGGUUUUCUUUUUCCAUGUUUUCAUUCUUGAAAACCCAUUUAAAUAUCUGAAAAGUUAGGGUUUUUCUAUUGAUGGCAGCCUCAAAUUUGGUACAGUUCCAAAUCUUAUGCCUAAGCAAUUAUAUGGCAAACUAAAUUAAGGUCUAAUCCUACUGAUUAAAUUGCUCCCUUUGGAAAAUGAAUCCAUUCUUUUAGAACAUUAGGGCACCUAUUGGGUACUAAGGAAUAACUUAGAUUGCAUUAACUUUUUAUGUUGUAUCCUGGUGUCCACUUCAAGCCAAGACAUUUCACUAUGACAAUUCCUAAAGAGAAACUAAGAGUUUUUUUUUUUUUUAUUUUAGUAUACUAUUUUUCUUCUGCAAAACAACUCUUGUUUUUUAAAAUGCUUUUGGGGGGUGUGGGUAUGAGAAAUAAUUUCAAUUCAUAUGGGAUUUAAUGCAAUAUAAAUUUCAUUUUAUUUGUUGCUUUGAAUGUAGGCCAAACUUUCUAGUCUGCCUGUAUAAUAGGAUUUGAAGAAGUAGGAGACAAACACCCUUUCCCCCCAAAAAACAGCCACUGUUGUUCCUUCCAUUCUUGUAGUGUCCCUUCUUUGAGUCUCAAAGGCUUUUCAGUUCUUAGAGUUUUCCAUCACUUCUUCUCUGCCAAAUAGAAAUCUAUCUAGUGAGAGAGUAUGUAAAUGUAGGGUUGGGGAAUAAUCCUGUAUUAAAAUAAGCAUUAUUUGUAAUUCUUUAGUGAGAAUUUCUGGGCACCUUACUGAGAGGGAGGCCCUAAGGAAUUAUCAAAAGCUAGGCAUUUAGCUGAGUUUUAGUGCCAAAUACUAACUCCCCUACUUCAAAAUUGUGUUUUAAUUGGUCAAACUGCCUGAUGGUUUUCCUGGUAUUAUUGAUUUGUUUAACAAAAACAAAAAUGGGGUUAAGAUGGAGAGAAAGAGGAUAACAUUCCACUUGUAGAGAAAGAAACUGCAGUCUAUUAACUCAUCAUCAUAUUUGAUCAAGCAAACUUCAACCCAUGGGUUCAAAACUCACCACUCAAACUAUUGGACAGGCCUUUGAAGAAGGCCAUUGUAAGAAAAGCACAUGGUUCAGUUUUCCUAAUAAGAUGUAUAAAUAAUUGUAUUAUGUAGGAAUUAUGGAUUAACCAUGCACUGAACACAUUGUUAAUUUAUCUUAGGUGACAGAUAUACAUGAAAAUCAUGCCAAGUUUUACAUAGGUAAGACAUUAAAAUUUAUUUAAAAAAUACUGAAAUAAGUCCAUUCUAUUUGCUACUGCUUUUUGUAGUAGUGACUUAAUGUUAACAGUGUUUUAAGACUGUCAAGAAACUUGUUUCAUCAAAGACAGAGAUGAAUUAGUAAUGUAGUCAUCCUUAUUUUUUUUAUUCAAAAUGAAACCAUUAAAUGUUUAGACAGAGAGCUAUUUUGAUUAAAGAGUGACUGUUGUGAACUUUUAGAUGGUGCUUAUGAAUUCUUAUCUUUCCAAAUAGAAAGUGGUAUUUUUUUUAGAAGAAAAUAAAAGGAGUAUGUAAGACAAAAUACCACUCCAUCCUCAGGUCAUUUUUAUGGUAUGUUUAAAGCCAAUGAUUGUUCCACUUGCCAUUUUUUCUUCCUAUACUACAAGGUUGUUAUGUUUAACAGUAUUGGUUACAGUAAAGUUAUAUCAGUAUGGUUAAAGGUAAGAUUAUAUAAUUAUUACAUUGCUUUGAGAAGCUUCACAAUUAAAAGUGGUCCAUGAUAGGUUAAGUUAGCAUUUAAAAAAUUCUAAUUCACUCAAGGUAAUAUAUAUGACAACUAAAAUCAAGGCAGCAAUUUUUGUUAUAAUUUUCAUUUUUCAGUAUUUUAUUCCAUAAUUUAGGAUUCCUCAUCUCCAAAUUACUAUGCAUGAAUUUCACCAGACUUAGUACUUGGUAAAGCCUAGAACUUGUCAGUCAUUUAUUUGCUUUUUCAGAGUAUAUCCAAUGUAACAGAAAUGUUAAAACAAAAAAAAUAUACUUUUUGUUAUUGUAAAUUUUGGCUAUAGUGACAAGAAUGGCGAGCUGUGAUCAAUAUCCAAUGGACUGGUGGUAGAUUUCCAGUGAGUGAUAUGAUGCUGUAUAUUGCACAGGAGUGAUACCUGUGAAUGUAAAUAACUAGUGAAAAUGACAGUUUCUUUUUGGUUCUUGAUAUGUACUGUAUUAUAAUAUGUGUGUGAUAUAUACACACAUAUAUACAUGUAUAUGUAUUCCACUGUUGUAAUCUGAAAAAAGAAUAUGCAUUAUCUUUUUUAUACAG